CGCAGGAGCGCUGAAAGCGCCGCAAGAGGAGCUGGCGCCGCCUGGCUAAGUCCCUAUCGGUCCUCGCUCCCGCGCGGCCAUGGACUGAGCGCCAACCGGCUGCGGGGAUGGGGCCGCCGCUCCCGCUUUUGCUGCUGCUGCUGCUGCCGCCGCCUCUGCCUCGCGCUCUGCCUGCCCCCGCGUCUGCCCGCGGCCGGCAGCUCCCGGGGCGCCUGGGCUGCUUGUUUGAGGAUGGCUUGUGUGGAUCUCUGGAGACCUGUGUGAACGAUGGUGUGUUUGGAAGAUGCCAAAAGGUUCCAGCGAUGGACACUUACCGAUAUGAGGUGUCACCAGGAGCCCUGCUGCAUCUGAAGGUCACCUUACAGAAGCUCUCCCGUACAGGCUUCACAUGGCAAGAUGACUAUACCCAGCGUGUGAUCGCCCAGGAGCUUGCAAACCUCCCCAAGGCCUACCUAUGGCACAGGGAAGCCUCCAGCCCAGCCAGGUCCUUACAACAGAACGCUGAUAAUGAAAAACGGUUCAGUCUGGAGAACAAGGUAGCCCUGGCCAAGACCCUUCGGCGCUAUCUGCCCUACCUGGAGCUUCUGUCCCAGGCUCCAACGGCAAAUGCACACCCCAGGAUAGAUCAUGAGACUCAUCCAGCCAAGGGUGAGGAUUCUUCCCCUGAGAACAUUCUGACCUACGUGGCCCACACAUCUGCACUGACCUAUCCUCCUGCAACCCGGGUCAAGUAUCCUGAUAACCUCCUGAAGCCCCUUAGCCGGCUCCAGCCAGAUGAGCUCAGCCCCAAGGUAGACAGUGACAUAGACAAACAGAAGCUGAUUGCAGCACUGGGUGCCUACACUGCACAGAGGUCUCCUGGAGAAAAUGACCCAGAGCCACGGUACCUUGCACAAAGUCCCAUGAGAGCACCAAGGCCUUUCUCAGCACCUGCUUUGUCUCAGAGAUGGGCUCUACCUCCUGGAGACUUCAAAGACUCCCUGAGCAUGGACGACGACACACUCCUACGGAGUCUCCUGAAGGAUCUGCAGCAGCAGGCUGACGUGGACCGCCUGGGUGCCCUGAGGUUGGAGGAGAAGGAAGACUCAGUUGCUGGAGCCAUACCAAGUGAUCCUGCAGAGGGAAGCCAAGAAAGCCAUGGGAAAGGGGCUGAGGGACAGCCAAGAGAGCAGGCAGAUGCCCCAGAGGCAAUGCUUCAAGAUCACAGACUAUCAGAGGUGGAUGACCCAGUGUACAAGGAGGUCAACCGUCUGAGUUUUCAGCUUGGGGACAUCUUGAAGGACCAUAGGUCUCCUCUAUUACCUGAAGCUCCCCUUCUGGAAAAGUCCUCCAGAUCAGAGAUGAAGAAGUCAGAGCAGCCUGAGGAGGUCUUGUCUUCAGAAGAGGAGACUGCUGGGGUGGAACAUGUGAGGAGCCGGACUUACUCCAAAGACCUAUUUGAAAUGAAGCAGAACUCAGAGCCCCAGCCCAAGAAACUUGAGGACCAAUUCCAAAACCAAGCUCCAGAGGUGUGGGAGGAUGAACAAAGCCUCAAGUUGCCAGCACAGGGACCUCCUGAUAGUGGAGGCCUACAGCUGGAAGUGCAGCCUUCCGAAGAGGAACAGCAGGGAUACAUCCUCACUGGAAACAACCCUCUAAGUCCAGAGAAGGGGAAGCAGCUGAUGGAUGAAGUUGCCCACAUCCUCGGAGUACCUUCUGGCUUCUUUGCAGAUGUCAAAGUUUUGGGACCAGCAGUGACCUUCAAAGUGAGUGCCAACAUCCAAAACAUGACAACUGCAGAUGUUACCAAGGUUGCAGUUGACAACAAAGACCAGCUGGAGAAGGCAACUGGACUGACAAUCCUUCAAAGUGGAAUCAGGCCGAAAGGAAAGCUCAAGCUCCUGCCCCAUCAGGAAGAGCAAGAGGACUCUACCAAGUUCAUUGUGCUCACCUUCCUCUCCAUCGCCUGCAUCCUGGGGGUUCUCCUGGCUUCCAGCCUUGCCUAUUGCCUCCGACACAACUCGCAGUACAAGCUGAAGGACAAAUUGUCUGGACUAGGAGCUGGUCCCAGUGCAGAUGCCACCGAAGCCUACCAGGAGCUAUGCCGCCAGCGUAUGGCUGUUCGGCCGCAGGAUCGCUCUGAGGGACCACAUACAUCCCGUAUCAACAGUGUCUCAUCCCAGUUCAGUGAUGGGCCGAUGCCUAGUCCUUCAGCUCGGAGCAGCACUUCAUCCUGGUCUGAGGAGCCUGUCCAAUCUAACAUGGACAUCUCUACUGGCCACAUGAUCCUGGCCUACAUGGAAGACCACCUGAAGAACAAGAACCGGCUGGAGAAGGAGUGGGAGGCACUGUGCGCCUACCAAGCAGAGCCCAACAGCUCGCUUGUGGCCCAGAGAGAGGAAAAUGCACCCAAGAACCGUUCCCUGGCUGUGCUGACCUAUGACCACUCCAGGAUCCUAUUGAAGUCUGAGAACAGCCAUAGCAAUUCUGACUACAUCAAUGCCAGCCCCAUUAUGGACCACGACCCACGAAACCCAGCAUACAUUGCCACCCAGGGCCCACUUCCCGCCACAGUGGCCGACUUCUGGCAGAUGGUGUGGGAAAGCGGGUGUGCCGUCAUUGUCAUGCUGACACCCCUCUCCGAGAACGGCGUCCGGCAGUGCCAUCACUACUGGCCUGAUGAGGGCUCCAACCUCUACCAUGUCUACGAGGUCAAUCUAGUCUCUGAGCACAUAUGGUGCCAGGAUUUCCUGGUGAGAAGCUUUUACCUGAAGAACCUGCAGACCAACGAGACUCGCACGGUGACCCAGUUCCACUUCCUGAGUUGGUAUGACCAGGGAGUCCCUUCCUCCACGAGGUCACUCCUGGAUUUCCGCAGAAAAGUGAACAAAUGCUACCGAGGCCGCUCUUGUCCGAUAAUUGUCCAUUGCAGUGACGGCGCGGGCAGGAGUGGAACCUACGUCCUGAUUGACAUGGUUCUCAAUAAGAUGGCCAAAGGUGCUAAAGAGAUUGAUAUCGCAGCGACCCUGGAGCACUUGAGGGACCAGAGACCAGGCAUGGUCCAGACAAAGGAGCAGUUUGAGUUCGUGCUGACAGCUGUGGCCGAGGAGGUGAAUGCCAUCCUGAAGGCCCUUCCCCAGUAGGCGCCAAAACUGGAGCUGGCGGGACCCAUCACGAGUGCUUCCAGGACCGCAACAGGAUAUUAUUUCUGCAUCUUCUGCGUAGUUACAGGGUCCUUCGGGCUCCACAGUCAGUGCAGGUGGCUAGUUAUGUGUACUUCUGCUUAACCAAAUAGCACAUGUGUGGAAACACCCAGUUAGGAAGGAAGGAAAGACCCAGCUUACUUGUAUCACAGUCUUGACAAAAUUCCUUUUCCCUAAAGCACACUUUGACAUUGUCGCGUCAAUGACACAGUAAUUAGAAACCCACUGUGGCCUCCUCAGGAGUGUGCUUAUGUCUGUAAGUUGCUGGAGAGGGGGCGGAUGGGCCAGGACAGCCAGCAAGACACCUGUUGGGAAGCACUGGGUGCAGAAUCGCAUUCCGUGUUUGUCUGUAAGACGGUCUCAUCAUCAGAGGAAUCCUUUAGGGAAAAGAUCAGUGUCCUGCACCCCUGGGGCAAGUGACAAUGAUGUCAUCAUGGAGCUCUGCCCAUUCCUACUGGUCUACUCUCAGCACACCAGCUGACUGUGUCCACCACACAUAGAUUCCAAGGACACCUUAACCCUCCUGAAGUAUGGGUGCUGUAUCUAUUCCAGAAGCAAGGACCCAGGUGAUAGCUUCACCUUUGCAGAGUUAUAGAAGAACCUACCCCUUGGUACAUUUUUAAUAUUAGGAUUCUGUUUCCUGCAUUGCAAAAACAGGCACCCACAGUAUACUUUUAUUGAAGUUCCAAAACCAGAAUGGGUAUAGCUACUUAGCAAGUUCCAAGGGUCCCCAGUGUAAGUGUUUCCUAUCCGGCAUCCCCAGGAAGCACCCCAAUGGUAUUGAAAAGUCACUCAUGCUCCUAGUCCUGGAGAGAAGUCUGGGAAGCCUCUUUGGCUCUGCCACCUGCAUCCUCCCAGAUAACUUUAGUGAAACACGUUCUUACUGGAUGAUCCAAUUUGUUAAAACAUUUGGGCAUUACCUAUACCAACUGCCCACACAUAGGAAGUCCACUUCAGUAAGUCCAAGGCACUGGGACCCAGAGAGGUAGAGGGCAUUGCUGUAAGGCCUAGAAUAUUCUUGAAUAUGGGAAAGCCCAUCUCCUGUGUUCCCAUUGCUCCUUCUCUUUAGCCUCGACAUUUCAAGUUGCGGUGUGUAAAAAAAGGAGGCUCCGGAGCAGGAAGUGAUGCCACAGUGUGUCAUGUCUCUAGUUGUAUUGUAUACCUGCUUAACAUCUGCGACAUUCCUCUCCCAAGUCAUCCCCCCCUUCCCGGAAUUUAAAUGAUAAUUAAUAGAAAUGAGUUUAUCUGAAUAUAGGAAGCAUAUACUUAAUUGUAACUUCUUAUGUUUAAAGGAAAAUCCUCAGUGUGAUAUACAGAUAUAUUUAAUUGUGUCAUAUUAAACCUUCUGAUUUCA